CCCGCUCUCUUGAGCUUUGAAUCUGGUAAGGACAUGGGGAAGACUCGCCGCAAAAACAUGCUUGCGAAGUAUUCAAUCCGGGCGGAUUACAUUGUAAGGGCCCUGGAUUUCAUAGUGGACAAGGGAGGAAAUCGAUCCUCCUGGGUUGAGAAGAAACCCCAACAGAUCUUGGCGGAGGUUGCGAGACUCCAAGCCGAAGGCAACGGUAAGGUCCAAAUCGGACCGAAUGGAAAGAACGAGCCUUUCGUUCAUGCGUUGAAGCUCCAUAAAGAUUCGGAACAGGAAGGAAAUCGAAACGAAUCAAGCAGAAAUCCCCAAAUCGGAACGAGUGGAAAGGGGGUUCCUGGCGUUCAAGGUUCGAAGCAGCAGAUAGCUACGGACCUGGAAGGAAAUCGAAACGGAGACAUACGGAAUCCCCAAAUCAAACUACAGGAAGCUAAGGGGUUGGAUGAAAACCCCUCCGGUAGCAUAUUGAAGAAGGAGAAGGUUGAUUGUGAGUCGUCGAGUGAUGAAUCUGACGGAGAUGGUGAUUCGCUCGCAUCUGAAACCCAGGGUACAGAGUACACAGACGAGUCCUUGGAGGAGUCUGUUCGGUCUGAAAAAGCUCUGCCCAGCAAGGAACUGUGCUCCGAUGGUGAGAGGGAUGGCCAGCAAAUGGAGCUGAAAAAGAAUUUCUUCCUAAAAGGUAACAACAGUGCCCCACGUGUCGAUCUGUCCGCGGGUAACAGGAACCUGCAGAAAUGUGGAGCUGUUCCAUGUUUUUCAUCUGAUGGUACAGGUGCCCAUAUUGAAGCCGAGGACAUUGAAGAUGGGCAUUGGGAGAACUGCUUGAUUGGUUACUUUUCAGGCAAAUUCCCAGGUAAAGCUGCCGUAAAUUCUGUUGUAGGAACAUGGAAUGCCAAGUUUGAGAUUAUCUACCAUGAUAGUGGUUAUAUCAUCUUCAAUUUUAGCGAGGUAGAGGAUUUGAUCGAAGUGCUGCAAGAGGGCCCUUACUUUGCAAAUGGCCGCCCUCUUUUGCUCAAAACAAUGCCUUAUAUGUUUCAAUUUAAUGUUGAGGAUAUGAGCGUUGUGCCAGUUUGGGUGCAGCUAAAAAAUUUGCCCCUUGAACUCUGGACUUUGAAAGCCUUGGGGAGAAUUUGCUCGGUGUUGGGAAGGCCUUUGGUUGCUGAUAAACUUACCGUCAACGGGGAGAGGGUGUCCUAUGCAAGAGUUCUGGUUGAGAUUGAUGUUGCGGAGGAUAUAAAAGGAAGUGUCGAGAUUUGGCUCCCUAAUGGUAUACAUGGAAUUACUUGAAGAUCAUCUACCUUUUGAUGAAAGACUUGUGAAGGCUUUAUUAUUUGUGGAUGCAUUCUUGAAGUUAAUAUUCUAUGUUGGACUUUAUAUUUUGCAUGGACAUUUAAUUAGGACUUGGAUAUUUUAUGGACUCAUGGGUUGAAAAUUUGAAGACUUAGCUAUUUAAUCUUGAAGUCUAUUAGGUCAUGAAGAUUCAAGUGAAGAUGUUGAAGCAAGAUCAAGCCUAAUAUCCAUGUGGCUCUCACAUGGGUUUAUGCUCCAUAGGCUACAUGGUUUUGGCCUUCCUUUUGGCACAUGUUUGAGUUCGAAAGUAUGAAUUGUGUUACGAUUUAGUGAGAGUGUUUAAUGUUUUGUCUUUCAUGCUUGUAUGGGAGUUGUAAGCAUGUUUAAUGUUUUGUCUCCUAUGUUAGUCUUUAUAUUAUUCUCAUUGUAAGAACUCUAAGGUAGCCUAUGUUUUGAAUAUUAAAAAAAAACUCCAUUGUUGAA